AUGUCAAACACUAACUCUCAAGCACUUGGAUCGGCAGAUGAGUCUGGUUACGUCACUGCGCGCCCGAAAGUCAACCGCGACUUGAGCACCGAACCGACUGAAGAUCCGUCUACAGGAUCAGAGACUGGAGAGGAAGUGAGCAGCCAGGCACCGACUGAGGAAACUUCAGCCCCGCCGAUACCCGAGCCUUCGCGACAGCUGACGCCUCAGCCACCCCUUUAUGGACUAUACCAUAGGAGGACAGCGAGAAAGAGCGCACCAAUGCCGAGAGAAGUGUUGAGGUUCGAGCGUCCAGAACCCAUGCCAGCACCUCCCUUACCAAGGAGUGAGUGUCACGAGCCUAGUCAGCCUCGACCCCCAGUCAUAGGGACGCCUUAUAUGCGAGCACCCGGGAUGACUUGUUAG